GCUGAAAAUUGCAGAGUUCAAUCCGGCAAGAGUACAAUUUCAACGAAACCCAGAACAAUGAAACUGAGAUCCAGUCACGAUGACCAUCCAGUGAGCUCCAAGACAUACGUGCGACUCCGGUUCAUCUUCUUCCGGUAAGCUUGGUCUGACCUAGCAGUGAGUUUUGGUCCGGCAACCGAACACUUUGUUCGUCGUCCUACUCCUUUCUCUCUCGAGUCUUUACCCCUUUCUCUAUAUUACUAUAUACAUACAGCGACCCACUCACCACCGUCGCCGUCUAUUCACUUUGGAUGUGCUCGGGAUGGUGACACUGUAUUGCAACGACCCACCCACCACCGCCGUCAAUUUGGGAAUGGAGAGAGAAGCCAAGGGUAUUGUUGAUGAGUAGAUAUAUGAAUGUGCUUGGGAAGACUACGCUGUAUGGCAGCGACUGCCGGCGGCUAUGCAAGAAUUUUUUUUGAUUUUUUAUACCUUUAUAAUCAUAAAGGGCUGUUUUGUCAUUUUUUAUUUUCUGUAAUUGUGCGUGAAUAACACACCCCCAUUUAACGGUGAGAAAUAGCCGAAACUUCGCCGGUGGGCAUUUUUAGCAAAAAAAUUGAUAGUUCAGGGGGUUAAGUGUAAAAAAAAUAAUUCAGGAGUUUUUUUUAUGGAGAGAGAGUAAAGUUCAGGAGUUUAUUUGCACUUUACCCUAUAUAUGUAUAUUACCAAAAUACCCUUCAUGAUAUGUCAAAAUAAUACUUCAUGCUGAUGUAAGCAUCCAACCCUUAAAACGACCGGUGUGCUCCUAAUUCAUCGUCCCUGACAUACUCUCUCCCCAAUAUUGCCCCUCAGCACUGCUCCCCCUCUCUGCUGUCGCCGCCGCUGCCGCCACCGCCACACCCCACCUCUCUCUCUUUCUCUCCCUACCACCCCCCCCCCCCAAACAGUUCCUUCUCUUCACCACCACUGCCCUUUUCCACUCCACCGCUCACUCUCUCUCGACGCUUCACCAUCUCUCUGCUAUCAUCAUCACCUAUCUCCAAUAAAGGUUUGUCGAUCGAAUUUUUUUUCCAGCUGACUUGUUUAUGUAUAUGUAUGUACCUCUAUACUUGUAUAAAUAUAUUAAUUUAUGUUAACACUAGUUUUUUUUUUUUUUUUCGAAAGGUUUAUGUUAACACUAGUUUGUGGUAGCAGAGAUGUGAACCUAACCAACUAGAUACAGCAACUUGAGUAAAUAAUAAGUCUAAAUCUGGUGGUGCCAUCAAUGGUGGUGGAACAAUGGAGUUUCUGUUAGGGUUUGAAGGAGAAAAUAAUGGAAAAGGUGUUGCGGUGGGCUGCAGUGGCGACCGAAUGAUGGAGUUGCAAUUGGGAUUUGAAGAAGGAAGGAGUGGAUAUAGAGAGGGAAUGGGAACAACAGUGGUGGUGGGAUGGGUCUUGAUCAGAAGACAUCUUUACCUCCACUGACCUCCAGUGCCAUCGAAUGAAGUAGGGCUUGAAUUGGAUGGAAACUCGUAUCUGAGUGGUUGUCGAACGAUCUCUCUGAGGAAGGAGAUGGGGGUGGUGCAGGUGAAAAGAGGUGGCAGUUGUUGCGGUGGUGGAGGUGAUGGCUACUGUUUUAGGGAGUCAAUUUUGACAUUAACAGAACAUGACGACAAACAGGUCCAUCAAAUUGCACUGAGCUUCCGAGACAAGUGGUUUCCUAGACAACGUGCCAAAUUUAGCUGCAUGGAAAUGGAUGAUAGUGGGAUGGAAUUUCACCGGGGUUUAAGCUGCAAUAGAUUUUCAGAAUCACACACUCAUGGGCGUGAUCAAGGUGUAAGGCCUAUAAAAACAACAGAUUGCAUCAAGCCAUCAACAAUUCCAACAACUCCAGUUGAUAGUGAUACCCCGGGGAGCUUCUCUGCUUCUUGUAGCAGUGGUUGUACAACCAAUGUUACAAAGAUGCUCAAGCGUAAAAGCCGAUGGGAUCAGCCGGCAGAAACAAACCCACUAACAUCUCCUGAGCGUCAGGAACCAAAGACUCAGCCUAAUUUGUUCAAAAAUUCGUAUUCAAGCACAAAACCUGAGGGUGAUGAAGUGGGGCUAGGUCAUACAGAAGGCAGAAGCAAAGAGGGACAAACUAGCCCUAGUUAUGUGCACAAUUUCCCUCGACCACUUGAAGCUGAUAGGGCAGAUGAAAGACAGCAGAAUAUUGACGAGGAUGUUCCUCCUGGAUUUUCGCUGCCUCUUAACAGACGUCUGGUUUCAUCUAAUGCUUCAACUGGUAUUGAUCUCCAUGGAGACGAGGUUAGACAUGCAAAGUGUCCUGUUGAAGUGGUUAUGGGGUAUCCACAGGGGAGGUUCAAUUCUCGCAGGUCUGUCUCAUAUGGAAUUCUGUUAUCCGUUGUGCAGCAAUUUGGGACACCUCAUGAAGAAACUGUUGAGGGUUGGGUUAUUGCUCCAGGCAUGCCUUUCCAGCCUUUCCCACCGUUGCCCCCAUAUCCCCGUGACAAGAGAGAGACUCCUGCUUGUGCUGCCACUAUGACAAUGAGUAGGCCUGCAGAAAAAGUUGAACAGGAAAGCCGUGAUCCUGCCACUUUCCCGUCAGAUCAAGGAACUCCAACCACAUCUGGUGCGAGCUCACCAUAUAUGGAUAUUCAAGGAGCAAACAUCCUGCAUAAUUCUCAACGAGUAAGGGACUCCAAUAGUUUGGGAACGAAGAACUUCAGGCAGCAAAAGUGGAAUAAUUCAAAACUGGGGCCUCCCUGGCUCAGGAAAAGAAAUGGUUGGGGAUCCACGGGAAACAACUCAAGAAGUGGCAUGUGCGGCAUAGGCGUAGGAACCAUAGGAAACGAGUUUAAAAGUCCAAACACCCCAUACAGUUCAGAAUAUGUAGGCACUGCAGUGGAGAGUCCUUACAGUACAUUUCAGCGGCAUCCACAGCAUCAAAAUUAACAUUGAUUCAUACUCCGAGAAGCUUUUAAACUUUCUUUUAUGCUCAACCUGCUGUAUUUUCAAUUCAUUGUUUCGGUUUUUUUUUUUUUCCCCCCUUUCACUCACAAUGGAGAAUUGUUUACUUUUCACUCCUAUUCUUAAAGUCAAUAUUUAUAGUUCAGGGGUGAGGUUACUUUAAUUUGGCAAUCUUCUCACAUGGAUAUGGAUAUAUACACCUCAAAGAGGUAAGCAUUCUUCAUUUUAUUCCAUUAUGAAAACUAAGAGAUUUGUGAAAUAAAGCAUUUGAUCAAUC